AUGAACGGCGAACCAUCCACAUCCUCCAAACGUUCUCGUCCAAAUGACAAUAAAAAGGACGGCAAACGUCCUUACAGACACCACAACCAACAACCGAAAGAUGACGCUGGAGCUACUGGGAUAUCUAAGCUCAAAGCUUCACUGCGCCAGACGCGGAGAUUGCUCGCCAAGGAUACCCUCGCACCUAACGUCCGUGUGCAAACCGAGCGUCGGCUCAAGUCCCUGGAGGGUGACCUCGCACGCGCAGAGCUAGCGUCAAAAGAGAGGACUAUGGCGGUCAAGUAUCAUCGCGUCAAGUUCUUCGACCGUCAAAAACUAACCCGCAAGAUUCGGCAAAUCAAAAAACAACUGUCCGAUCCCUCGCUCACCUCCAAAAAAGAACGCAAGAACCUCGAGGAGACUCUAUUCUCGUUACGCGUAGACCUAAACUAUGUCCUCCACUACCCAAAACUCGAAAAAUACAUCUCGCUCUUCCCACCAGAGGCUCGAUCCUCCUCCGACCCAUCUUCGUCGUCGACCACUCCUCUACCAAUUCCGCCUCCGGAAGAUCUCUCAAACGCGAGCGAAACGGACAAGAAGAGGGAGGAGUUGAGAGAGGAGAUUCGGCGAAUGAUGCAUGAGGGGGGUGAUGGGGUUAGUUUGAUGCCGGAGGAGGAGAGGGAAGGUGGUGCGAAAGGUGGGAAGAAGGAGGCGAAUGGGAAGAAGGACGGGAAGAGCAAGGUGGAUGGGAAGAAGAAGCUGGAGGAUGAGAGCGAGGGAAGCGAGGAGGAGAGCGAGGAGGACGACGAUGAAGACGUCGAGAUGGACGAACCGGAUGUGAGCGAAGGUGAAGGUGAUAGUGAGGAGGAGGAUAUCCGACCAAAGAAGAAAUCCAAAUCGGAUCAUCCAAAAUCGACGAAACCUCCACCUCAGUCCACCACGUCCUCGUCGGAAAAGAAGAACAAUCCAGCGUCGAAAGUAUCCAAGGACAAGCCGAAACACGAGUCAAAGUCAAAAUCGAAGGCAGACUCCAAACCGUCGAAGGCGAAGGCCGUAUCAAAACCUGUGGAGGAGAAGGACGAUUUCUUCAUGGAUGAUUCUGAAUAAGCUCCUACUUUGAUCUGACUGUCUCCCGUACUGCGAAGGGCAUAUCGUUCCAUGUUGACCAACCAGUAAUAUAA